UCCAUCCAUCUCUGCUUGGCUCAGUCCCCUGCACCUCUUCAGAGACAAAGGAGGCCCUCCAUCAGCACUCAGGUAAGACAGACAGACAGCUCGCUUUGCCUUACUUUCUCCUCUGUAUCAGAUGAAGGUGGAAAUAAAGAAAAUUUAAGAGGGUUUCAAGUAGCUGUCGAAUCAAGACUGGAUUCAGGGAAUUUAGAGCAAAAUUUGGGGGGUCAUUCGAAGACUUUUUGUCCAUUUGUGGACACCUUGAAGUUUUGACUGUCUACUUUUAAAACAUUAAAUGUAUACAUUAGCCAAAAAGCUUUUUGCUGCAAACUGCUUGCAUUAAUUUUGAACAAAAUGUCAUCAAAAGGAAUGCAGUCAUUGCUGUGAAUGGGCAUGUCAUUGCUACAUUAAUUUUAUUCUAGUAGAUUUCCAUCAUUAACAAAAUUAAUGAGCAUCAAAGUUAUUUUUAUGCCUCCUAUUUCUGUCCUCUUAGCUCCUCAUACAUGUGCUCCGUCACUAAUCUGACAUAGCGUAUAUGCAUUAUCACCAUACACAAUAUUGUGUUACUGACAGCCUUUUGGUCUCCAUUGCUCCCUUUUGUAUCGUGUCAGGCACUAAGACAGAUGACCCCUAUAGAUUUUCCAGUUAGCCAGCUUUGGUGUCCACUCACUUCGUCUUUUGUCUCUGCUGCCUGCAACACUGACCUCUCUGACAAUAACCAUGCUGUGCAGCAUGAUGAGAAGUGACAUGAGCAUCUCUGGCUCCUUUUGUAUGAGCAGCUGAUAGUUAAUAAAUCAUGCACAGGGUAGACUGACGGAUGGAUUGAGUCCUGCUGUAUGUUUGCAUGUUAUGGAUUAGCCUUGAAAUUCUGCUGCAGACUUGGACUUCAGAUUAAAAGUGCAAUGUGAAGAUGUGCAAAUGAGCAAUAAUAGUACAAGAAGAACAACUAACUGCCAUUAAGUAAAUGAAUUGCACUUAGGAUAAAUGAGACCUUAUGUCGUUUAAUUUCAGACUGCUAGUUCCUUCAUUUUUGUGUGCUGCUUUUAAAUUUGGAUCAGGAUGCUCAACAGGUUAAUCACAUGUUUUAUACUGAGACCUUUUCACUGAUUGCACAGUGCUUAUUGCUACUUAUAACCCCAGACGUGGGUUGCCAAUUCAGGCCAAAAGCUCCUCAAAAUACCCUUUUAUUUUUUUGCAUUUGUUUGUCGAGUUCUGCAUCGUUGACAGUGACUUAUCUGUGUCUGUUGUGUGCACAGUCUCUCCACGCAUCCAGCACAAGAAGUUCCAGGAUGCCGGACACAAUGUGUCAUGUCCAAGGAGCCCAGUUCCAACCUGGAGAGUGCCAUGCAGAUGCUCAUAAAGACCUUUCACAAGUACUCGGGGAAGGAGGGUGACAAGUACACGCUGAGCAGAGGAGAGCUGAAGGAGCUGCUACUAGAGGAGCUGGGGACUUACUUAGGGAACUCCAAAGAUAAUGAAGCAGUGGAGAAGGUGAUGAACGACUUGGACGCCAACAACGACGGGGAGGUGGACUUCACCGAGUUCAUCAUCCUGAUGGGUGCCCUCACUGUCGCCUGCAACGACUUUUUCCUGGAGUUCAAAACAGACGAGAAACCGAAAGACGGCAGCUCGGCGGAGAAGAAAGAUUGAAUCAGAGAGGAAGAGGGGGGCGGAAAAAGGGAAAAAGAGAAGGUGUGGGGGGGGGGCUGUAAAUCAGGGAAGAUAGAGGAAAGAGAUUUGUCUUAUGCAAUUUGUAAACACUCAAACUACACAUGAGGGGAGCGGCCCAGCAGAUAGUUUGUGGGUUCUCAAAAAAAGAGGGAGUAACUUAAGUGUUUUUGUCAUACCACAGCACAUCUGGAGCUAGCUAGCUAAAACAGGGUAUAUUUCAACUUUCUUUUACUCAAUUAUAGCCGUUUUUUUUUUUUUUUUUUUUCAAAAUAAGGCGUGAAAGUAUGACAAAGUACACCAGGAUGUUAGCGCUAUUCUUGCACUUGAAACAUGAUCAUAUUAUUGUUAUGUACUCAGUGUUGAAUAUUAGAUGAUUCUCCCCUUUCUUGCGCCUUUUUUGUAAUCCUUUUUGGUAAUAACCAAAGCAUUCUUCAAAAUAUUAAA